AUGCCCAUUGCAACAGAAAAUGUCAAUAAUCGAGACAACUACGAUGUGAUUAUCGUUGGAGGUGGAGCGGCGGGAAUCGCAGCAGCGAUAGGAGCAAGACAAGCAGCAUCGAACGCCCGUCUAGUCUUGAUUGAGUCUGAGGGAUCCCUGGGAGGUGCUGCCACUCAUCGUGAGGUCGCCUCAUAUUGCGGCUUGUUCACAGUCGAUGAGAAUCCUCGCCAGGCUGUUGGAGGGGGUUGGGAUAUACUGAAGGAUAGGUUGUCGCAAAUUAAAGGGAUCUCCGAGCGCCUAGUCCGACACCGGGGAGUUUUCCAGGUAAUGGCAUCACAACGCCUGCAAUCAUUCAAGACUGAGAACUGA